AACCACCUCUUCUUCUCUCUUGUAAAAUUUCACAUAUAAAUACCAAAGCAUCUCGUCCCUGCUCCCUUUCUUCUUCAAAAAACACCUUUUAACAAUCUGAGAAACUUCAAUUUCCCUCCCCAAAAGUUUCCUUAUGGAUACACCGGUCCUCCAUUCAAACAAGUGUAGUUCCUCUGUUUCCUUUAAUCAGUUUCAGCCCUUUGGUAUCUUUCCCUCAGUUGAUUUUCAUCGUUUGACUUUUAGUCAACUCUGUUUUUGCUUUUGACCUUAAUUUACCGGAGCUGUCACCAUGGGAAGAAAGAGUUCGCAAAGGAAGAAUGCGGUGAUGUUGGAUAGUGAUGACGCGGAUAGCGUGAGUUCAUUGUCAACUUCUCGGUCAGAUAUGAUAGUGUCAGGUGUAGAGGAGGUUCAAGUUGACAAGGAGACUUUGCUUGAUCAAUGCGUCGAUGCCCUCUAUGAGAAAAGGGGAUCAACAAGAGAGAACGCUCUUGCGUCUAUUAUAGAAGCCUUCAAUAGCGACAUACAACAUGAGUUUGUUGAAAAGAAGUUUGCCACUUUGUUGCAACAAUGUCUGAAUUCCAUUAAACGGGGCUCCUCCAAGGAGAUAGCUUUGGCAUCUCAUUUUCUUGGAAUUUUGGCUUUAACUGUUGGUCCUGGGGAAAAAGCACAUGAAAUGUUGGAAGAAUUAGUGUCUCCUAUUACAGAGGCUCUUAAAUCUCGUUCUGAGACAUCUAAGAUAUCUUCGCUACUGGAGUGUUUGGCCAUUAUCACUUUUGUUGGAGGUGAAGAGGCAGAGGAAACAGACAAGUCAAUGCAAUUGAUGUGGCAAGUCAUUCAUCCAAAAAUUGGUCCUAAUGUAGCUACUGCUAAACCUUCACCACGAAUGAUAACUGCAAUGGUAUCUGCGUGGUCUUUCCUCCUUACUACCAUUGAUGGACGGGCAGUAAACCCAAAAAGCUGGCAAGGGUCAAUCUCUUACUUUUCAACUCUGCUGGACAAGGAUGACAGAGCUGUACGCAUUGCAGCUGGCGAAGCACUUGCUUUAGUUUUCGAAGUCGGGAGUCUUGAGAAGUUCUCUGUUGAAGAUAAAGGAUCUACUGACAGCUCCACAGAUGAAGCAAACAAAUCUAAGCAUAUUUUGCAUAUCCAAGGAUUAAGAGAGAAGGUCCUGAACCAGAUGAGAAGCCUUUCAGUAGAGGCCGGAGGCAAAGGAUCAGCCAAGAAGGACCUCAACAGCCAAAGAAACACAUUUCGAGAUAUCUUGGAAUUCCUUGAGGAUGGAUAUACUCCAGAGAGCUCAAUGAAGAUUGGUGGGGAGUCGCUUACCACAAGCACCUGGCGUCAACUGAUACAGUUAAACUUCCUAAAGCACUUCCUUGGAGGAGGUUUUGUGAAGCACAUGCAGGAAAAUGAAUUUCUUCAUGAUGUCGUUGGUUUCACACUGAAGAGAAAAUUGCUUUCGGGUGUUGGGCAUCGUGUAUCUGGAACAGAAAAG